UUGAAAAUUUGAAUGGACGCAAGAAAAACAAGAAAGCGGACUAUCGGUCACCUAUCGACCAACCACCAUAAUCAAGGCAUAACAAGCUUUAAAAUAAAUACCGCGACACAGCGGUCGAUAAGCACAAUCUAUCGGUCAGAUAUCGACCAAUCACAGUAAUCGAAGCAUUAAGGGAAUAACAAAAAAGAAGCGUGCGCUGUUCGUGAAUUCUGAACAAUCUUUAAAAAAUGGAUGACGGGGAAUAUGAUAAUGAUGAUGUCGGCGGUGAUGAUUUCGAUGAUGUCGAUGAGGACGUGGAUGAGGAUAUCGCUCAGGAGGAAGAAGUGGAUAAUAUUGAGAUUAUUGCACCAGGUGGCGCAGGAGGCGGUGGUGUACCCAAGUCCAAACGCAUCACCACUAAAUAUAUGACGAAAUACGAGCGCGCGCGUGUUUUAGGCACGCGAGCACUUCAGAUUGCAAUGUGCGCACCCAUUAUGGUUGAGCUGGAUGGAGAGACGGAUCCACUACAGAUUGCGAUGAAAGAACUAAAGCAGAAGAAAAUUCCAAUUAUCAUACGUCGCUUUCUGCCGGAUCACUCGUACGAGGAUUGGAGUAUAGACGAGCUUAUCAUGGUGGAUAACUAGCAUGGUUAGAUGUAAGAACAGAAUAGCUCUAAAAAAAAUUUAUUACAUUUGAAAAAACAUAGAUAAAUACCAAGCCCCCAAAAAAAAUAAUAUAUAUAUAUAAAAACUAUUCAAAAAAGAUGCAAAUUAAGUCAGCUCCAGGCAUACCCCUCGCCCUGCUGAUAACAGAUACGUUCCAGGAGGCCAACUGCAUGUUGACCUGUCCUGCAGAUGGCACCAACUACGGCGGGCAGUAGGCCACACUCAGAAAGAU